GUGGGCAAGGGUGGCAAGACCAUUACAAGAUACAGUACAGGGAAUUUGGGGAACACCAAUGAGCCUAAUCUGCAUGUGUUUGGACUGUUGGAGGUGCAAAUCAAACCCAGACCCUGGAGAUUUUACUGAACACAUGAUGAGGAACCAGAUUACAGCGCAUCAGGUACUACUGAUACUCACUCAUCAGAGAUCAGGAAACCCUAACAGGAAGCUGAACAGCUCUUUUGGAGAACCUGCUUUUGGUUCCCCCAGCAAAGAUGAACAGCAGAGCCUGGCGGUGCCGUUUUGUGGAAGUAUCCGAGGUGGGAUGCGACCUGGCAAGAAAAUCACCAUCAUGGGCAUCGUGGAUCCAGAGCCAGAUGGCUUCGACAUCAGUCUGACGUGCGGGUGUGAUGACGUGGCGCUAGAGCUCAGCGCGAGGUUCGAGGAUCGUCAGCUCCUGAGGAACGCGCACGUCGGAGGCUCGUGGGGGGACGAGGAGACGGCCAUCGCUUUCUUCCCCUUCCUUGCGGGACAGCCGUUCAGGCUGGAGAUUCACUGCGAGCACCAGAGGUUCCGUGUCUUAGUGGACGGCCAGCCGUUGUUUGAUUUCUAUCACCGCGUGCGCUUGCUGACGUCCAUUGAUACCAUUCAGAUCAGUGGCAGCCUAAGCAUCACCAAACUGAACUGAGCUGAACUGAGCCAGCUGGACUCAACAGACUCAAACACAGCUGGACUCAAACGCAGCACGCUGGAAGGACGGGAAUCAUCGCCGUCCUCUUGUUGCUGUGUUUGAACUUUUGUCGCAGCUGUUAAUGAGUCUCUUACACACACAACAGGACGGGUAACUGUAGUUAAACUAACGUAUAGAUAUAUAUUUUCUUUUAAAUACAGACUUUUUAUAAUCCUUAGUGCUCACACCGGACAUGUGGUGUAACAUUAUGAGUGGAUAUUGUUAACAUAUUGUUUUUCUAAUUAACCGUCAUGGCGGUAAAGCCCACGGAAGUUAGCGUCGUCAUGCAAACAGAUGCUCUUUAUGUUUGUUUAAGAUGACAGGUGCUGCGCUGAAAUACAUCGACACUAACACUGAGCCGCACUACACCAGUACACCAGCAGGGGGAGCAGGUUGUAAUGAAAUUAUAAUUAUUUUUUUCAUUCCCUCUUUUUUCAUUAGCUUAUCCACCGUCUUUUGUUAAAACUAAAUAUCCCUCAAUUGUUAUUUUUGUUUACGUAAGGAGAACGGGUGGAGCUGAGCUAACUUCUGGUUCAGAAAUAAGUUCUCAUUCUAAAGUGCCUUUAAACUUGUAUAAGACUGACGACCAUGUUUCAGUGUUACACACCGCACCUUUAAAUGAGUAAUUCGUCCAGACCUAAUUUGAAAAUCUGCAUUCCUUUAACCUGAAUACACACAAUCAGCCACGCCAAGGCAUGUCUAGGAUUAGAAAUGUAAUAUUUGUAAUUUUUUUUUCCUUUACAUUUGCACUCAACCUAUGAGAUUUAUGUUGAUUUAUGAAGUCCGGCCAACGGUUUAUCAUCAUGAAAAAAGUUGCACAUGGCCGCUUUAAUUCCACUUUUAAUGCGUAGUGUCUUAGACAAUUUUCCCAGUGAUGACGUGUAACUGGAAUUAAACAUGUGUAUUCAAUCAGAGAAAGACUUGAACGUGUUCUAGAAUGUUCAGGCAUGUUGGAUUACCUCAUCCACAGCACAGCGGAGUUUUUUUUUUCGAGCCUGAAAUUUAUAAAGCUCAGGAACACAGCAGACGCUGAUGUAAACGUGUGGAACUAAACGAAUAUAAUAUAUGGCGAUGUUUUGUCAGACAUUCCACUUAUGAAAGUGUAUAUGAGGAAAAUUGUGAUAAAAUGAAGGCAUUUCAUUUGUUUGUGUUUUUUUUUAACAUACUAUUGUGGUUAUUCUUGUUUGUUUUUCUCAAUCACUCAUCAAUUAAAGCCUUCUCAUCAAUG